AUGUCGUGGACCAGCACAAUUACAACACAAUCAAUUUUACGAACAAAUUUAAUUGGUUGUGCUAUAAUUAAUCGUCCAUUUCGUGCCAUUGGCAAUAAUCCCGGCAAUUAUGAUCCAAAUAAUUUGACACCAUCUGUUUGCAUGCAAGCCUGUUCAUCUGUUGGUUAUUCAUAUUCAGCUGUUUCAUCAGGACGAUUUUGUUUUUGUGGAAACUCAAAUUCAAAUAAUAUAACUUCAAAUCAAACGUUAUGCAGUACAGUACCAUGUUCCGGUGAUAAUUCGGCAUUUUGUGGAGGAUAUGAUUAUGAACUUGUUUAUACUGUGGCUGGCUACAUAGACUCUACAAAAAUUCAACUUAAUGGAAGUACGGGAAAUUUACAAAUAAAUCAGCCGUGCCAAUUUGAUGUUUCAUAUAGAGGAAUAGUUAGUAAUAUCAAUUAUCAAGUGAUGUUUGGCGAUGGUAGUACAACCGAUUGGAUUCCGGGGAACGUUAAUGGAACAAAAUCAUUUUAUCAUACUUAUUUAAUGGCUGGUCAGUUUCUAGUUACCGUUUUUGCUCGAUCAUUAGCCAAUACGCCAACUGUUCAAAGUACAAUAUCAGUGAUUGUUGCUGAUCAAGUAACACAAAUGGAUAUAUCGUUUACGUGUCCGAAUGUCACAGGAACUGAUCAAAAUGUUUAUUGUCAAUUAACAACUGAUAGAGGAACUGGAAUGACAGCUAUGUUCAAUUAUAAUAAUACGAGUGUCUCACGAACUAUUGUAAAUGUACCAGAUACACAAUAUUUCUCGUACGGUUUAUCUGUUUCACAAUAUCCGCCACUGGACUCAACGGUUCUUACAGGAAUUGCAACAACUGACAUAAUCAUUCUUCCACAGAGUACAGUGACAACAGCCGGGCGAUUGAUAUCUAUUCGAUUCUAUGCUAUUUCAUCUGGAUCUGUGACAAUUUAUCUAUUGCGGCCUAAUUGUGGUGCGAGUCCAUCUUAUUGUUAUGAUUUCAAUACAUGUGGCAGUUGUUCAGAACCCAUGUUGUUUCAAUGUAGUAAUGUCUUAACUCUAACUAUUCCAAGUGUUAAUGGUUCAAAUCAAUAUUUAUUAAACGCGACAACUACAAUGAAUAAAACAGUGUUAGUCGGAGACAUAUUUGGUUUCUUAGCUUCUGCAUCAACACCUCUCAUUGGUAAACAAAUUCAAAGCGAUAAUACUCAAGAUUAUAGAUGUGUACCAACGUGGACUAUACCAAGUCAACAAUUUACUUGUUUACCCAACUACACAAACGUAAACACUACUUAUCGGUUUUUGUUACAAGCAUUUGUUGUUCAGGCAACAAUUAUUGCACCGAUAAAUCUCUACACAUCAGCGGGAAAUUAUAUGGUACAGGCUAGUUUAUCACAAAAUAGCUUAGUAUUUAAUCAAACAGCCAUUUUGCCAGUAGUGAUUGCAAUACAAUCAAUAAUUGUUAAUGGCUCAUUAUCUGGGAGUAUCAAUACAGUCCAAACAUUUACGGCCACCUAUCUGCCUCAAAAUGCCUCACCUCCAACGUACACAUGGUCGAUUAAUAACCAGAACAUCUCAACAUCGAACAAUACAAUCAAUUAUUCAUUUACCACUAUGGGUACAUAUACAAUCAUGUGUUGUGCACAAAAUCUCGUGUCACUUCGGUGUAAUACCAGCCAAAUACUCAUCGAAGACACGAUAACCAAUUUAAAAUUAAGUCCCAUUAAUAUAUCAGUAUCAACAUCUCUCCCAUUACAACAGGUCAGUUUUAUAUUAUCAAUGACAUCUGGUUCAAAUUAUGUAUGUCAAAUUAAUUAUGAUCAAACAUCACAAUCGGCCAUUUUCACCUAUCAGUACGUAUUGGGCUAUGUACCUGGCUCAAUUGUUACCUAUCAAUAUCUACAAGAGGGAACAUACAAUAUAUCAGUUUAUUGUGUGAAUAAUAUCAAUUCACAAACGUUUAGUCUCAUACAUUAUGUUCAAUUACCUAUUCAAAAUCUACAAUUAAUACAACGUGGUGUAAUAAAAAACGUAAAUUACGUGAUAAAUAUCACGAUAUCUCAAGGAACGAAUCCAACAUUUACUAUUGUUUUGAAUGGAAAUCAAUUGACUUACACAUACUAUCCCUCAAAUGGUCUUGUUCAAACACAACAACUUUCUGGGCAAUCAGCAGGAAAUUAUUCAAUCAUAAUAAAUGCCUAUAAUUAUAUAUCGAAUGUAACAUACAGUGAUGUAUUUUCCAUCGAAACACUAAUUCAAAAUCCUCAAGUGUAUGCAUCCAAUUAUAGCACUAUGUUUCCUGGUCCAGUUAAUUUCACAUAUACAAUGGAUUCGGGUAGCAAUGUUGAUAUUACUUUUUAUUAUGGUGAUGUGAAGUCAGACGAUAUCUCAACAAGCACAACAUGCUACUAUGCUGGAGAUUAUCCGACUGGUAGACCAUUAAAUCAGUGUACUCCAAGUUCUCAUAUCUUUCUAAAACCAGGCAAUAUCACUGUGAUAACAAAGUUUUCCAAUCCAUUGAAUACAAUUUAUCGAUAUACCACAAUUGUGGUUACAACAUCUGUUAAUCCCAUUCAAGUUGUCACUAGUAUCGGAUCUGUUGUUGCUAGUUCAUGUAUAGCAGCAUAUGUAAAUAAUUUAGCUUUGGCCAAUUUUGUUAUUCAAAGCCAAGAUUUAACAUCAAAACCAGCAUCCAAUGCUUAUGUCAUUAUCACACCAGAUUCAACACAACCAAAUCAAACGCAAGGUCCAUAUUCACUAACCAUGGAUUAUGAUUCAUCCCCAGCACGUAGUGUAAGUGGUUUAACGAUUUUAUAUUCACAAUUAGGCAAUUAUACAGCAUUAUUCAAUGUUAAAAAUAAUUAUGAUUCUGUUGUUAUAAAUUGUACCGUUCAAGUUGUAUCCGUUUUACAAGAUGUUUAUUAUUCUAUAAUACCGAUUAAUUGGCCAUUAAAUUCCAUUACAUCAUUUAAAGCAUCUGUUUACAUUGGUGAUAUAAGCCCGGGAUCUGUUACGCUAUCAUGGAAUUUUGGUGAUGGUUCACCUUCAAUAACACGAAAUAGGACAGCCACUCAGUUUUAUCAAGCUGAUACUGAAAUACAUUUUUAUACUGCUGUUGGCUUCUAUAUAAUGACAAUAACAGCAAUUAACAGUGUAAGCAGUGUUACAAAUAAUUUUCAAGUUUAUGUUCAGUAUGCAGUUAAAAAUUUUACAGUUAAUGUAACUGGUAGCGGUACAUUACCAUCUCAAAUUAUUUACACUCAAAGUCCUGCAACACUUAAUUUUUCCGUACAAGACACAAGUACACCAGGAGCAUCAACAGCAUUUAUAAUAAUUGACUUUAAUGAUACUACAAACUCAGCAAUUGUAAAUGCGAGUCUUCCAUAUACUGCUUCGUAUACCUAUAAUUCAUUUGGAAUAUAUUAUGUAAAUUUUACCGCGUACAAUAGAGUUUCGAGUGUAACACAGCUAACAAAGGUUUCUAUCAAUGCUCCAUUUACUAAUCUUGGAAUAAUAGUUUGCUAUCUAUUACCAACAGAGACCAGUCCACUUGAAGAUAUAUGUACUCUUGUCAAACGAGGUUCUGUAUCCGUUGUACCAAAACAAAGUCAAUUGGUUAUUUAUGCAUCAUGGUCAAAUUCAACUGGUAUACCAGAAACAUUUACAUUAACAUUAACUAAUUCAUCGUCAUACGUCUAUACAAUUAUCUAUUCUGUCAGUCAAGUUACAAAUAUGUUUACUACUGUUGGUAUUACUUCAGGAUCUUCAUUAUAUCGAAUUGUUUUUGAUUUAGAAAGUAAUAUGAACGUAACGGAUGAUACAUACAAUGUAAGAGUUAAAGUUGCCAAUCCUUCUUACUCAUCUUCAGUAUCGCAAUAUAUUCAAGUUAUGACAGCUAUUGGUGGUUUAUCGAUAAGUGAUCGAAACGUCAUAAAUAAUAUAAAUACACAAAAAAUAUUUUAUGCUGUUUAUACAAAUUUUUCACAAUAUUCAUGUUUAUAUAUUCAAUAUUCUGAUUUAACAUAUGAAUGUUAUGGUGAUCCAUUAUCAUGUUCUACAUUGCCAUCGGAUAUACCGGCUCUCACACCAUGCUCUACUACUCUACUAUUCAAUUACACCACACCCUCUACAACAGUGACAUUUUCAAGAGCAUUUAAUCAAUCACAAGCAUUUGUAUACGGUUACGCAUGGAAUGCGAUGACAAGAACUACACAAGAAACCUAUUUUUCAUUUCCUAUUACUGGUAGUCUUUGUAAUUUACCCUAUAUUACAUUUGACAUUCAUAAUCCUAUCCUUCGUUGGGCACGUCAAGUUUUUCGUAGUGAAUCAUUUUCAGUUAUUGCUUACACAGCAUUGAAUUGUUCAUUAUCGCUGAAUAAUACAAAAGAAUGGACAAUUGCUCAAUGUAAUACAACAAGUGGCUUAUGUACAUCAACAAAAAUGUUGAACAAUAUUGUUAAGGGAUUGUCAUCAUCGACAACAGCAGAAAUUUAUAUUCCAGCCAUGACACUUCAGUACGGUUCAUAUCAAUUCAAAUACACCGUUUAUAUGAAUUCAAAACAAACAUUUUUAUCCUACGAAACAACGUAUAUUGAAGUUGUUCAAUCGCCUCUUGUUGUAAAUAUGUUAGCAAACGGAACAUCAUCCAUUACUCGUGGUGUAGCACAAGAUCUUGUUUUGAAUCCUGGUGCUUGGACAAUCGAUCCAGAUUCAACGUUUUUUGCUUCUUAUAAUUGGUCCUAUGACUAUUAUUGUCGCAUUUAUGGUCAAUCGAAUUAUCCUAAUUUAAAUGGAAUACUAUUCACGAUAGAAGACACGAGAAUUGAUACAAUGAAUCCGUCUUGUUUUGCCAGUCCUGGUAAUGAAACGUAUAAAUAUGGUCCGGGUAAUAAUAAAUCUGUGGUGUCUAUAGAAGCUGGUGCAUUACAGUCAGGUCACACAUAUGAAUUUAAAGCAACUUUAACCAAUAUUUAUAAUUCUGAUUUACAGUACAGCGGUUAUCUAUUAGUUCAGAGUCAAGAUAUCAAUUCUGUUCAAGUAUCCAUAUCAUGUAUUAUUAAAAUGUGUGAACCAAAUGUCGAAUAUCAACGAAUUAAUCCCACAACUCAAGUAAUUCUCACUUCGACUUGUGUAGACGGUUGUAGUAUUGCAGAAGAUAUUAAAAUAUCAUGGAGUGUGUAUCAAGGCUUUGUUACUGAUUAUCCAAAUACAGAUGUAAAAUGGGUGUUAUACUCGAAUAUGACACAAUAUCUGGAAACAUGGUUUUAUGGCGAAGAUUCGACAAAUUUUACAGCAACAAGCGCAUUGUUCGUAAAUAAUCCAAAUAUUAUCUAUUGGAGUUUUCAAGCAAUGUAUAUUGUAACCGAUAAAAACGGUAUAUUAGUUGGAUCAGGAUCGAUUCGGUUUGUGAUCAAUGCUCCGCCUGUUAAUGGAACAUGCUCAAUUGAUUUAACCAGUGGAACUACGAGCACAGUUUUUACUAUCACUUCCUGGACAACGGAUAAUACAAGUCGAACAACAAUUGGUUUUACCAGUCAAACAAGUUUACAAGUGAGGUUACCAAUAGGUAAUCCCACAUUGAAUCUGGUAGCACAAAUACGAGAUGUGUAUGAUGCGAUUACAGAAUAUUCAAUGCCUCAAGUCACAGUGGUUGCAGACAAUGUAACAAUAAUGACUUUUCUUCAACGCAUUCAAGAUGAUCAACAACUUGAUAUUGAUGGUGGAGUCAUCGAGCAGUUGCUACAUGGUGGAGAUCAAAGGAUAGCUAGUCAAGUUUUGUUGUCAAUAUCACAAAUGUUAAAUAUGAUGAGUUUAGCUGAUGAACAAUUAGCGAUCAUAAAUAUACCGGUAACUGGUAUAAUGGUCGCUCAACUUGGUGCAUCGACAAUUUCACAAAAUAUAUCGAAUACGACAGACACAACCGCUGCUAUGGCAAAUUAUAGUUCAAAUUUGAAUUUACGUGCAACAGCACGUGAUUAUGUCAUGCAAUUCAUCGGGAAUCUAUCUAUAACCAAUGUGGAUAGUAUAAAUCUGCAAGCAGCAGCAGUAGCUGAUCUCACUGAAGCAACAACCGAAUUGAGUCGACAAUCUUCGACACUUGCUUCGAAUAAAUGUUUACAAUUGUCAAAUGCAUUGAAUAAUAUGGCACAAACAAUUUCAGUUGAAGAUGCUUUCAAUGCAGCCAAAAGUAUCGCAGUUUGUACAAGUAAUGCUAUCACGGGAGCCAAUGCACCACUACUACAACGUGCUGAAGUGCUGAAUCUUGAUUAUGAUCGUGCAAAUAUGUUGCCGGUCGAUUAUGAAACAGAUCUGGAAACUGUAUGGUCAAAUCCUACUUUAUUUGCUGACGGUGAUGAUUUUUCAUGGGAAACAAUACAAAAAAAUCGAAAUAUUUAUUAUCAACAACAAACGUCAAAUACUAUUACAGCACAAGCACAGAAUUCCUUAUCAAUGCUAAAAAAUGUUCUAAGUUAUCACCUGAAUAUUGGACAAAACAUUGUAAUCAACACAUCGGCUGUAGCAUUAUCAUUACAAAAAGUAAAAUCAAGUAACUUAACAAGUAUUACAAUAUCACAAUCAGAUGAGGCAAGAGUUACUCUACCAGCAAUUAAUUUUUGUCAAACAAUGACACAAGUUCAAAAUUGUACAAAUAGUACACCAAUUACUCUCAAUUCUGUAAUGUUGCCAUUAGCAUUAGCAGGUCAAAAUGGACGUUUAAUUACCAAUACAAAUCUUUCAACGAGUGUUUCAUUAACACUUUCGGAUGAAACGGGUACAACAAUAUCAAUAAGUAAUUUAAGUGUAUUAAUUGAAAUAAUUAUUCCACGUGAACAAAAUUUAAGUCCAUCUCCAAUGACAUAUCAAAAUGUAACGAGUAUAACUGCAUUACAAACAUCGUCAGCAAAUAAUAAUAAACAAUUUUUUCUCCAUUACACUAAUAUAACACCAUCAAACAUAAACCAAACAUUAUCUGUAAGUUUUGAAAUGCAACCAGUUAAUUUAAAUCUUGGUUAUAUGUUAAUAAUGAAAUUUGAUGGUAUACCAACGUUAAAUAGUACAAAAAAUAUGACAGAUGGUUGGAGUAUAUUAUGUCCAACAAAUCUCAUACUCUCCGCAACGGAUGGAUUAAUUUAUAGUUAUUUUAUUGAUAAUACACGAACAAAAGAUCAUCUUUUGGCUUUUUUUGGUAUUAGAGAGCUAAAUAAUACUGAAUUACAAACGUAUUGUCCAACAAAUGGAAGUGCUGCACCCACUGGUCCACCAAUUAACGAUCAAGCUGUCAAUUUUUCUUCGAAUUACGAAGUACGUAUAUAUACAUCGGGCUGUUAUUAUCUUGAUGUGAAUUCGAAUUGGCAAUCAUCUGGACUUACGGUUGGUCCUCAAACUAGUCAUACGCUAACUCAUUGUUAUUCAAACCAUUUAACCACGUUCGCUGGAGGAUGGGUAGUAUUACCAGCACCAAUUAACUGGAAUUAUGUGUUUGCUAAUGCUGAUUUUUCACGAAAUAAAACCAUCUAUUUAACAGUUAUUUUAACUGUUGUUUUAUAUCUUAUCAUUUUAAUAUAUGCUCGAUAUAAAGACAAAAAAGAUGUGGAAAAAUUGGGUGUUACACCACUACCAGAUAAUCUUACCGCCGAUAUAUAUUACUAUCAAAUUAUUGUAUUUACGGGAUUGAGAAAAGAUGCUGGAACAAAAUCAAAAGUACAUUUUAUAAUAUCGGGUGAUGAUGAUGAAACAGGUGUUCGAACAUUGGAAGAUCCAAAUCGUACUAUACUUCAACGUGGUGGAAUUGAUGCUUUUGUGAUGUCUGUUCCAAAAUCAUUGGGUCAAUUAAACUAUAUUCGCAUUUGGCAUGAUAAUACAGGCAAAGGCACAUCAGCAUCAUGGUUUUUGAAAUAUAUUGUUGUACGGGAUCUUCAAACAAUGGAAAAACAGCAUUUUAUUUGUCAACAAUGGCUUGCAGUAGAAAAAGAUGAUGGAUCGGUUGAUCGUCUAUUACCUGUUGCUGGUGAAGCCCAAAAAACAGAAUUUGCCUAUUUAAUGUCGAAAAAAACGUAUCAAAAUAUGAGUGAUGGUCAUUUAUGGUUUAGCGUAUUUUCUCGUCCACCAUCGACACGAUUCACACGUUUUCAACGUUGCACAUGUUGCUUUGUUUUACUAUUCAUGUCUAUGUUAAUGAACAUUAUGUACUACGAUCAAACACAAGAAUCAAAAAAAACGACAAGUGGUGGUCUGUCGAUUGGUCCAUUUUAUGUCACACCAGAACAAAUUGGAAUCGGUGUUAUGGUGGAAUUAAUUUGUUUUCUACCAAGUACAUUGCUUGUUGAAUUAUUUCGACGAUCAAGACGACGAAAGAAACGUCCAUCACCAGUUACUGAAGCAAUUAAAAAAAUACAACGUCCCCAACAGCAACAAAAGCAUACCCGUUUAACAGACGUGAAUCCACAAUUGACAAAUUAUGUUAUCAAUCCAAAUCUAAUACUUUCUACAAAAGAGCUUGAUGUAAUGCGUACAAAUCUUGCAUCACCAUUGCCUGUAAUUGUCAAUACAGACCAAAAAUAUGGAGUACCGAAGAAAAAACAAAAACGAACAUUUCCAUGGUGGUGUAUUAUAAUUGCCUAUUUAAUUUCAUUUUUUCUCGUGGGUAUAUCAGCGGUAUUCAUAAUUGCACGCGGAAUUGAAUUUGGUGAUUUAAAAACACAAAAAUGGUUAACAUCAUUAAUAUCAGGAUUUUUUACGUCUAUACUUUUGACUCAACCAAUUAAAGUUGUAUGUUUUGCAAUAUUCUUUGCACUAGUUAUUCGAAAAGAUGAUGAUGAACUACUGAUAGAAGAUGAGGAAGAAAUGUUAUUGGGCGAUGAUGAAGAAUAUAUGAAUAUAGAUACAUCGUUACUUAGUAUCCGUUCUAAAACCGGUUAUAUACCGUUGAAUGAAGCUGAAAUAAUGGAUGCAAGAGAAAAACGUUUGAAAGAAAUAAAGAUGUGGGAUAUUAUUCGAGAAAUAAUUGCCUAUGCCUCAUUUUUAUGGAUUUUGUAUGUUGUCAGUUAUUCAAAUCGUGAUCCAAAUGGAAAUCUAAUUGUUCAGCAUUUAAGAAGCUAUUUUUUGAAUAUUGACGUACCUUAUGUUGACUAUACAAACAUAUUUGAAAUUGAACAAUUUUGGUAUUGGUUAAAUCAAAGUUUUAUGUCAAAUAUCCGCGCUGAGAGAUGGUAUAAUGGUGAUGAACCAAGAAAUUUAACUGGAUAUAUAAACGAUAAAACAAAUCGAAUGAUUGGAUGGGCAACAAUGCGACAAUUACGUGUUAAACCAAAUUUGUGUGACGUAGCAAAGGCAUUUCAAAAUUUAAUUGAUGAUUGUGAAGCGGGCUACAGCAUAUUAAAUGAAGAUCGUCGAGAUUUCAAUCCUGGUUGGUCACUCUAUAAUGAAACGUUUGGGGCAUGGUCAAAUUAUAGUUCUACAGUUCUCAAUGCUUUUACGUAUCGUACGGGUUCAGAAACAGAUACAUAUCCUUAUGCUGGAGACCAUGCAACGUAUGCCGGUGGUGGUUAUUUGUAUGAAUUUCGUGGAAAAAUGAUCGAUAUGAUACAAAAUAUUACACUAUUAAGAGAUUUAUCAUGGAUCGAUAAGCAAACACGUGCAGUGUUUAUUAAAUUAAAUAUGUACAAUCCAAAUGUAAAUAUAUUCAUAUAUGUAACAUUUUUAUUAGAAUUAUUACCAACUGGUGGUGUUUUUACUGAAGCACGUUUUGAACCAUUAACUAUUAUGCAAAUAAAUGACGGUAAAUUUCAAAUUUCAUUUCAAACAAAAUUGAUAUGUUCUAUCUUGUACAUGUUAUUUAUUGUUUAUUAUAUGAUGCGUGAAAUACGAUUGUUAAUUAAAAUGAAAACAGCUUAUUUCAGAGAAUUUUGGACAUAUACUGAAUGGGGAAUAAUUGCAUGUUCAUGGAGUGGAAUGGGUGUAUACUUUUGGCGUAUUUAUGAGGGAAAUCGUAUUGGUACAUUAUUUGCUCAAACAAAUGGCUAUAUCUACAUCGAUUUACAAUUAGCAAGUUAUUUAAAUGAUGUGCUCACAUUUCUCCUAGGUUUUUGCUGUUUUUUUGGUACAAUAAAAUUCUUACGUCUGUUAAGAUUUAAUCGUCGUAUGUCAAUAUUGGCAACAACAUUACAAACAGCAGCUCGUGAUCUAUUAUCAUUUGGAUUCAUGUUUUCCAUUGUAUUUGUAGCAUUUUUAUGUCUAUUCUAUCUACUGUUUGUAACCACAUUAUGGGAAUGUUCUGAUUUUUUAAAAGCAGCACAAAUGUGUUUUGAGAUGAUGCUGUUGAAAUUUAAUGUAUCAGAUUUGAUGAGAGCUGGACCGAUACUUGGACCAUUAUGUUUCUCAAUGUUUAUCGUAUUUGUAGUUUUCAUAUGUAUGAACAUGUUUAUAUCGAUAAUUAAUGAUUAUUUUAAACAAGUGAGAAGUGACAUUGCAAAACAAAGUAAUGAAUAUGAAAUGAUGACAUUUAUGAUUAAUAAAUUCAAAAAAUGGACCGGUAUCGGUCGUCCGAAUGAAAUGGCUCAAUUACACUUGAAUCCAUUUGAUGGCACUCGAGUUCAUUAUCAUGAUCAAGUAUCGUAUUUUCCACAAAAAAUUGAUGAAUUAUUAAUAGCAUUAAAUAAGAUCUAUAUCGAGAAUAGACAAAAUGAUCCCACAUCCUUACCUGGAAAAACUCUAUUUAAAAAACAAGCGGUAUUACCGUCUAUUGGUGAAAAUUCAACAGAAAAAAAACGGAAAUAA